CCGGGGCUGCCCGCGGCCCCGCAGCCCGCGCCGCCGCCCCGCCAGCCCGACCCGGAGCCCCGCACAGGUAGAAGGAAAAUGAUGAAAAUGUUGCCUUUUUUUCAAAGCGGUCCUAUUGGAACGCGCAAUGGAUCAGAGAGCUGCAUUGGUGCAAACAGGCAGCUUGAAAACCCUUCAACAUCAGUAGCUGGGCAAGUCCCCACCUGUCCUGAACCUUCUGUAGAUGAGAUCUGGACCAGGUACCAGGAGAAGAUGAGUGAAAGGCCAGAGGCAGCCUGCAGACCCUCACGUGCAUCUUCCAUCACAAGUAACGGGAGCUGCACCUCUGCUGGGGACAGCCCUGAAAAGGGGAAGAAAGGAAUAAAGGAUAUCCUUACAAGUGCAUUUAAGAAGAUUAAAAAGACCAAGCCACCCAGUGUCAAACAAAUCAUGGAUCUUCUUGAAGAGCACAAACUUUGUGAUGCUGCUCAGCAUCUGAUUGUCCUGGAGAGGGGCCUGUCUAGCAAAAGUGAGGAGGGGCUGAACAUCAGCCAGCAAGAUGUCGAGUCCAUCUACGAAGUUCUGAAGCACAAAGUCUUCAGCGUCUUGAAAGACUCCAUUCUGCUGGCAAAAAUAAACCCAGAGCUGCUGCAGCAGGCAGUAGAGGCACUGAAAGAGCAAGAGAAAGAGGAUCAGAACUACACGUUGGAGAAUCCACCUAACCAACACAUGCAAUUUAGACCUAGGAAAUGGAAGGAGCUUUGGAUGGCUACAGUAAAAGAGUCUGUAGAGACUCGAAUGAAAGACACAAGCCGUACUCCCAGAACUGAGAAGCUCUCUGCAGUUGGCCAGAACCUCCUCCACAUGGGAAAGACAAUGAAAGAAGAUUUGACAGUAGUUGCAAAGUACAUUAAACAGCUUUAUCCUCCUGAGUUUAAUGUGUUCAGCACAUAUGCAGAACUCUACCACAACUAUUUUGCCUGCCAGGCACAGGAAAAUGCUGAGUCUCAGCUGGAACACAAGGAUAUUUGCCUUCUCCUCUCAUGGGUGCACAACAUUUAUCCAAAAGAUGUGAGAAAAGAUCCUGUUUUAGCUGAGGAGUUGGAAAAAGUUAAGCUUGGAAGCCUUUUGCCAUCAGGUCUCAGCAAAGAGCUUGAAAAGAAAUACCUUGACAGUGAAGAGGCUACUAUAAAAAAUUCACUGAGCAAAUCUUUAGAUGAUGAAAUACAAAAAUGGAAAGAAGACAAAGAACCAGAGAAACUAAAUGGUCAUUUUCAGAGUGAACUACUAGCAAUAAUUCUUAUCCAGAGUAUCUACAGCAGCCAGGAAGAAGCCAAGAACAUCAGUGUGGCAAUGGGCAAGGAGCUGUCGUGUCGCCUGUGGAAGGAGCUUCCCGCCUUCCUGAGAAGCUACAGGGAUGCUUUUGAAGACUUCAAGGAGAAAGGCAAGAAGCACACAUUCUACAAGCCUAUACUGAUUGCAAAUAUUAACAACUGCUGGAAUUUUAGAGACUACACGGAGAAAAACAUGGCAGAAAAGGAUUACAAUAAAGCCAGUAUCCUCAGCACUCUUGGCGACAUUGAAAACAGUGGCUUUGAAGUGCUGCUUCAGCAGCUGUUUGCACAGCUGAAGCCAAUUUAUAAGAGGUUUACAGAAAAUAAGUGGGAGUCCAGCAAUGAAAUUAUGAAUGAGAUCAUUAAAACCACCAGCAAACAUAUUUCAGACUUCAGGACCCUGAAGGAUCCUUUCUACCAUGCUAUUGUUGAGAAGAUACAUGCCCGUUUGGUUAAAGAGUACAUCGUGAGGCUGCUGAAGAAGAAAGUCAGCCUGAAAAAUCCAGCACAACAGCAAAAUCUGGCCCAAAAUAUCUCCAAGAACGCUGCCGACCUGGAAGACUUUUGCACCAGCAAUGGGUCUCAAGCCAUGUGGCUGAAUUCAGCGCUCCCCAAACUGGCUGAAAUAAUCCGGCUUCAGGAUUUAGGUGCUAUUAAAAUUGAAGUUGCAACGUUGGCAACAACAUACCCAGAUAUCCGAAAAAAGCACCUGGAAGCGUUCCUGUACAUCAAAGCCAACCUGUCACACAGCGAACGCAAAAGCAUCCUGGGCUACUUGGCAGACAGCACAGCAUCCACAUCACCUGGGGUCCUGCUCUUCUCCAAUAUAAGUAUGUCCUAGGUCAAAAACACUCCUUGGCACUUGCCGUGUGCCAGGCUGUGGGCUAAGCCAGGGAUGGAGACCACCUCUUGAAGUAAGGCACAGCACACACUGCCACUUCUUCCUAUGGAAAGUAGUUUGUCCUGAUCCAGUUCUCAGCGUCUCGAUGGGAAUCAUUGUCCUUCAUGCACCCAUGGAAAGAACAGUGCUUGUGAGGACUGGGGUUGCUCCUUGCAGCACCCACAAAGUCCAUCCAAGGUCUCCUUGGUGCCACCGCUUCUCUACCUGGACGCUGCCCUGGUGCUAUGAUCUCCGUCUACCUCACAGGGUGCAACACGGGCCACGUUGCUGAUUCCCUAGCCAGCCCAGAAUGAGCAGGCACCUUCUAUGCAGCUCUUUGUCUUCUAAGGAAACAGUGGGGAAACAAAAACUGAAGCCAAAAUUUAGAGGUGUUGGAAAGGUCCCCUGUGAGCAUGCUUGCACCCCAUCUGCCUUCCUCUGGGCCAGGCAGGGGUGGCCACUUUGGGCUGGCAGGAGAAGCACCAGGUUUUAGGUCAGGAGGAGUUGCUCUCAGCCAUGGCAGGACUCCAGCUGUCCCACUGCCCUGCAGCACCCCUGGGUCUGGGGCCUGCAGUGGCCCCAGCUGCAUUCUCUGCCCCAUGCAUCUGCAUUACUCAGGGGCAUCGGGGGUUUGGAACUGUCCCCAGGGAGGCUGAGCUGGCCUCACAGCCAUAUUCCAGCUGAGCAGCAUGUACUUCCUUCACCUCUGUGAGGUGGGAGUGCAGAACACCCUCCAGUAGCCACCAGUCCCUGGGCAGUGGCCAAGAGGGUUGGGAACAACUGCCUAUUGGGAUCUGUCUCCAACAUCAAAUAAAGCAUUUUGGAUGUUGCUUAAGCCUUCCCUACUGAGGCAGUGACUUUCCCAGACCCCGUUAACAUCACAGGUUGGAGUGGGUGGUGGGACCGGCCUCAAUUCAUACUAAAACAUGUUGAGCACCCUGUGUCCAUCACCGUGCCCUUGCUUGCUCUUUCCCCUCUUGCUGUGAGGUAGAUAGGAUAUGAAAACACAAAUGGUCUGUUGUGAAACUAUGUUUCACUUUACAGCCCAGUUUCUUGGGAAGUGAAUCACUUGCCGAGACAGCAAUGUGUUUAGUUGGAGAACUUUCUCUUCUGUUUUUCUUAGCUUCAACUUCUGUCUCAGACUGUGGAAAGUCAGUCCAGAAGGAAGACACAUAAUGACUGUGCAAACCAUGUAAUGUAUUUCCAUGUAUAUGCAGUAUGCCAUUGGUAGAUUUUUGCAUUCAAUUUUCUUUUUUACUCAGUUGCAAUGUUUGUAUUUAAGCAGUAUUCAAAUAUGCUAGAAAAGUGACUCAUCUAUUCUGACUGUGGCUGUUGUUUGCUGCCUUGUCACAUGUAGCUCCUUCAAAGGGCCAAUUCCACUCCUCCCAGCCUGCUUUGGUGAAUGUCACCCACUGGUUCCAGGCAGGGAGGGUCCUGCUGGACUACAGACAAACUGGAAAUGCCAAGGCACCCUCUGCUUGUGCUGUGUAUGGAUCCCAUACCCUGGCUUUCCUUCCUCUCUGGAGCAAGGACUGUCAUGUGCACCAUGUUUAUGGUAUCUGGAAUAACAAGGUAUAAAACAUCAGCCUCUAAGCGCUACCCUUGUCUCAAAGUUGAAUAAUAAAAAGAUACAUAUUUGACAUA